UAAAUUCUUUCGCAGGUACGGAAGUAUAAAUGAUGACAACAGGCCUAUAAUGGUAAAAGUUUGGAUUCCUUUUUUGGAUCCUGAGAAACAUUACAUAGUUGCCAAUUUAUAUUAUAGCUUCAUGACAACAGUUUUGGGUAUAAUAGAAAUUGCACUUGACUGCAUGAUUUUAUAUCCCAUAGUAUACUUUAUAUUUCGUAUAAAUAUGCUAAAGUAUGUUCUCCAAAACCCGGAAGAAUUUGUUGAAGACAAACGAAUGCAGUCCAAGGAAUACAAGUUUCACGAACUCAUGGUCAAAUGUAUUUCAGAACACCAAAGUAUCAUUCGAACAAUUCAAGAUUUCAACAACAUGAUGAAACAUUACCUACUCUUCGAUUUUUCGCUUCAUGCUUUGCAAAUUUCUGGUGUUUUUUUUUUCAUCGCAAAAAACAUGCUGAAUUCAAAUAAUUUCCUAAAUUAUGUUUAUGCGUUGAGCCUCUUAAUACAACUAUUCAUUUUAUACUGGUAUGGGCAGAAAUUGUUAGAUGAGAAUGAAUCUAUAUCGAAUGCAAUAUAUAUGAGUAAAUGGUAUUGUGAAGAUAUCAAAUCUCAACGAUUGAUUUUACUAUUGAUGCAGAGAUCACAAAAACCUCUAGGAUUGAUGAUUGGACCGAUAGGAAUAGUACAACUGGAAAAAUUCCUCAUGAUUCUCAAGACAGUUUAUACUAUUUUUACCGUAUAUUCAAAUAUGUAAACGUCAUAAGAAUAAUGAAAACAAAUCGAGAAUUUGGAACCAGAGCUGAAAUGAAACUGAAUAAAUCACCCAUCAUCUGCGAAAAUUAUUGAAUAAUCUCACUGAGUUUCAUAUCAAUGUACAACAGAAAAGUUUCAGAAUUGAUGUAGUUGCACUGCACACAAAUUUAAUAUUUUAUGACUCACAACGAAAUAGGUUCUAUUAGUAUACAUCUAUUUGUAUCAACUUUUUAUGUUCUUGUUCUCGAUGCACAUAAAAUAAUAUCUGACUCAGUGAUUCAAAAAUUAUUGGUCCUAAUCCUUUUGUUCUAUCUCUACUUCUCCUUUAUUUCUCUUUCUCUGCAUAUGAGAAGAACCGGCGCUAGGGCUGAAACGACAAGGUAGCCGUUUCAGGCGCCAUUUUGUGAGGGGCGGCAAUGCUACCCAGUUUGGCGGCCACUGAGUUAGUAUUUUUUCGUUCACUCAAUAUUUAUGAUAUAUACAUAUAAAAUUUGGUCAAUAGAAAAAAAUUUAAAAUAAAUAAUAAAAUUAACACAACAAAUCCGAAUUCCUAGAAGAAUGUAUCAAGAACAUUUUAUUGAUUUCAACGAAUUUCACAAAUGAUUUUUUAUCAAAUUUACUAAUAUUAAACAUCUUUGCAUCGAGAAUGUCUGCAACAUCUAUUCGAUUGUUGUUAUAUCUAACUAGUAUAGGCAGAAAGCUCAUUCGAAUUGAAAAUUAUGGUUCAUCCGCAUUAUCCGAUUGUUUUACUUGAUCAUCUUUAAGAAAAAAAAACGGAAUAUUCUAGUGUUUUAUG